AUGCUACCGUAUUGCUUCAAAACUUAUCCGGACAAGUCGUCGUCGUGGCCUGAGUUAAUGGCAUUGUUCAAGAUGAACCUAUCGAAUUCAACGGGUGGCAUUCAGAAAACAAAUGAUGUAAACGGUGCUAUAGGAUACGGAAGUGAGAAAUAUACGGAGGUAAAUCGAAUUCUUGCCAAUCGGGCUGCUGAUACUGGAGGCUGCAUAGUGGCACGAUCGCAGAUGCACAAUAUCAUUGAGGAAAGGCCAACAUUAGAUCGUACGGUGGAGAAGAGACUUCUUAUGCCGUCAUUUAAUCAUAAUGAUAUCAUUUUUCCCGUUGACGGCCCAUUGGGACGCUGUGGACCAUCUCUCCGGUCGACUCUGGAAUGCCCGCUGUCCGAUCCGGAUUGGCCGCGAUGUUCCGUGCAGCAGAUGGUGCUCCGUGACCAGCGACAUUGGCUCACAAAACUCUGUGCGCUGGUUCCUGAUCAGGUUGCAUGGCGUACACUACUGCAUGCGGUAAUGUCGUUCAAACCAUCUAUGCCUUUGCCGCCCGUGAAGCUUCCACCUAGGUGCCUUGCACAUGCGCACCGACGAGUCCACCCUCCGGAAACAAACCCUGCUGAUGGCAAAGGUUACAGCUAUGCAAGGGGUCUAAGCAGACGAUUCGGCUAUGAGUAA